ACUUGUGAGACCAAGGCGCAGACUCAAUUGACAACCUGAAGCCGUGGGCCACGCUGGGACUUGGAGUCCCUGUUCUCCUUUUUUUUUUUUUUUACUUCGGAACAAAGAAGACUCGGCUGGCCAUUGCGUCAUGCGUGGCGCCGGCGCAGAACGAGAAAGGGGCGGGAACGCCGAAAACCAAAGCUGUCUGCUGAGCAGAGAGACAAACUUCAGCUGAGGGGUUGGUGCUUCCCGGCAGGUAAUGGCGCCCCCUGAGGCCUAGAGGUCCAGCGCCUGCAGCGAGUCACUGGCAGUCCUUCCGCUGUGUCCGACGAGAGUCCUGCUUACGGUGAACAUGUUGGUGCCGCCAGCCAGGCUGUCCCGCCCCGCAUAUCAGUGCUUUCAUGCCUUAAAAAUUAGGAAACAGUAUCUACCUCUGUGUGCUAGAAGAUGGGCUUCAACUUCUGUUGUACCUCGCAUUACUACCCACUACACCAUUUAUCCCCGGGAUAAGGACAAACGAUGGGAAGGAGUGAACAUGGAGAGGUUUGCAGAAGAAGCGGAUGUAGUGAUAGUUGGUGCGGGCCCGGCAGGGCUCUCUGCUGCUGUUCGGCUAAAGCAGUUGGCUGCUCAACAUGAAAAGGACAUCCGUGUGUGUCUGGUGGAGAAAGCUGCUCAAAUAGGAGCUCAUACUCUCUCAGGGGCUUGCCUUGACCCACGUGCUUUUGAAGAACUGUUCCCAGACUGGAAGGAGAAAGGAGCUCCACUUAACACUCCUGUAACAGAAGAUAGGUUUGGGAUUUUAACAGAGAAAUAUAGAAUUCCUGUGCCAAUUCUUCCAGGUCUUCCAAUGAAUAAUCAUGGCAAUUACAUUGUACGCUUGGGACAUUUAGUAAGCUGGAUGGGAGAGCAAGCAGAAGCCCUUGGUGUUGAAGUAUACCCUGGUUAUGCUGCUGCUGAGAUCCUUUUUCACGAAGACGGCAGUGUGAAAGGGAUUGCCACUAAUGACGUAGGGGUACAAAAGGAUGGUGCACCAAAGACAACAUUUGAGAGAGGACUAGAACUACAUGCCAAAGUUACAAUUUUUGCAGAGGGUUGCCAUGGACAUCUAGCCAAGCAGUUGUAUAAGAAGUUUGAUUUGAGGGCCAGUUGUGAUCCCCAAACCUAUGGAAUUGGACUGAAGGAGCUAUGGAUUAUUGAUGAAAAGAAGUGGAAACCUGGGAGAGUAGAUCACUCCGUUGGCUGGCCCUUGGACAGACACACUUAUGGAGGCUCCUUCCUCUAUCAUUUAAAUGAAGGGGAACCCCUAGUAGCUCUGGGUUUCGUGGUUGGUCUGGACUAUCAAAAUCCAUACCUGAGUCCAUUUAGAGAGUUCCAGAGGUGGAAGCACCAUCCCAGCGUUCAGCCAACAUUAGAAGGCGGAAAAAGGAUUGCAUAUGGAGCCAGGGCUCUCAAUGAAGGUGGCUUUCAGUCUAUACCAAAACUCACCUUUCCUGGUGGUUUACUAAUUGGUUGUAGCCCUGGUUUUAUGAAUGUUCCCAAGAUCAAAGGUACCCACACAGCAAUGAAAAGUGGAGCUUUGGCAGCAGAAUCUAUUUUUAAUCAACUAACUAAUGAAAAUCUACAAUCAAAAACGAUAGGACUCCAUGUAACUGAGUAUGAAGACAAUUUGAAGAAAUCAUGGGUGUGGAAAGAGCUAUAUAGUGUUCGAAAUAUAAGACCCUCCUGCCAUGGAAUCCUGGGUGUAUAUGGAGGGAUGAUUUACACUGGCAUCUUCUACUGGAUACUUAGAGGAAUGGAGCCAUGGACUCUAAAACAUAAAGGUUCUGACUCUGAUCAGCUCAAGCCAGCCAAGGACUGCACACCUAUCGAAUACCAACCUGAUGGGCAGAUUAGUUUUGAUCUUUUGUCAUCUGUGGCUCUGAGUGGCACUAAUCAUGAACAUGAUCAGCCAGCACAUUUAACCUUGAAGGAUGACAGUAUACCUGUAAAUAGGAAUUUGGCAAUAUACGAUGGACCCGAGCAGCGAUUCUGCCCUGCAGGAGUUUAUGAAUUUGUACCUUUGGAACAAAGUGAUGGAUUUCGGUUACAGAUAAAUGCUCAGAACUGUGUGCAUUGUAAAACAUGUGAUAUUAAAGAUCCAAGUCAGAAUAUUAACUGGGUGGUACCCGAAGGUGGUGGAGGACCUGCCUUACAAUGGAAUGUAAACUGCAAACCAAUUUCAUUUGCAGGCAAGUCUGAUAGCCCCUUUCUCUAAAAUGUAUGGUAAACUAAAAUGUUGAGAAUUAACAAGUGUCAAAAUAUCUCACAGCAUAUUAUUGAUGAUAAUGUUCAUAAAGUAUCAGGCAAAUAGAAAUUUUAUAUGCCUAAAAAUGUCGCAUAAAAAAUUAUCAAUAUUUAUCUUAAUAAAACUUUACAAGUGACAUAGCAUCUACUUGACUUUUCUUCAAUGAUUCAGUACCAACAGCGGAAUAAACUGUUGACCCUUAACAUAUAUUUGGACUCAUCAAAUUCAAUUCUUCAAAUAUAAUAAAUGCAUAUUAUAGACCAGAGGUUGGCAUCCAGCCCACCACUUUUCUUAGUUUACUGGAAUGUAGGCAUGCAUGCCCAUUGGUUUACAUAUCAUCUGUGGCUACAACUACAAAAAUCAGUUGUUACAGAAUACAGUGGUCCCCAAAAUUUAGUAAUCUGGCCCUUUAGAAAGCUUGCUGACCCCUGAACACAUACAUAUGCAUCUGUAUGACCUGUAAGUAUCAAACACGAGCACAAACCAACCACAAUGUGCAAAAAGCUACAUUACAGAAUUGAGGGAAAUCAUAUAAAAAGCUUUUGCCUGUUUAUUCAACAAGAUGUAUCUUUAGUUUAAAAAUAGGUUGAACACCAUUAUUUGUGAAUAAUGUAGGUAGCCAUGAAAAAAAAAAUCAACUUCACUGUAGUUUGUAACACUUUUAUUAAGAGGUGAACAAAUACAGUAUUUCUAACUGUAAACAAUGGGAACUAUCAGAGCAAACACAUUAAGCAACAUAUAUUAGACAAAAACCCUUCAAUUUUCUUUAUUGCCUUUAUACUCAAUGUGUAAUACUUAAGUAUAACCAAAUUCCUUAUGAAGCAAACAUUUUUGCAUAAGCUGCCUUCUCUUUUUCUUUCUGUGCCUUUAUCUUUUGUUGACUUUCAGCAGUUCUGCCUGGAUAGCUGCAAAAUAAAUAUGUAAUAUGAGCUAUUUUUCAAACAUCCAAAAAUGAGGCUGACUAACAUAGUGAUGCUUUAGUAUGACAGUUUAUUUUCCCCUUGAUAAACUCUUCUUUGCCCUAUUAACAGAGUAUCUUACACUGGGAAAGUAACACCAAUACAAAAAUCACAAGCGUAAUUUUAGAAGACUGUCAAUUGAGAGAAUAUGAAUUGACCUACACAGAUUUGCCUUUUCCUCCUUCAUUAGAGAUGGCAGUUAAGUGCCUCCUGUCUUACUUUAGUACUAAGGAAAUCAAAGAUACAUUUUUUAUUUAAAUUAUUUAUUGUUCAACUACAGCUGUAUUUUUCUCCCCUCCCCCCCACUCCCUCAAAGAUAUCUUUUAAUAUCUGGUUCUAAUAGCACUAUUAGUAGCUGGUGUAUUUGAAAGACAAACUUAUUUUGUCAGUUUCCCAAAGCUUUCCUAAAAUGUAAAUUUGUUAGCUAGAAUAUUUAGGUUCAUGGCUAUAUUCAGCUUAAGAAAUGGUCCUGAACAUCAAAUUCACCGUAAUAUUCUUUUAGUGCUGCACUUUUGACUAGAAUUAAACUAAGAGAAACUAAACCUCAAAUAUACAGCAUUCUGGAGACAGACUAAAAUGUAAGCUCUCUGAGGACAGGGACCCUGACUUCUUCAGGGCCUGGCCCAAUGACAGGCAUUCGAACAUCUGUGGAACAAAUACAAGUAUCUGCAUCUAAGUGGCAAAGGGUACAAUGUUUCAUGAGGAUAAAUUCUUAAAGGACUAAGUGAACUUUCACUACAAAAACUGUGCCAACUUACCUUUAUCUUUGGUGCUAUCUCCUGAGCUUUCUUAAGAUCAGCCUUUAAAUGGAAAAAUAUUUUUAAGAAAUAUUAGGUGUAUGACUUAUGAAGAUGGUUGUCUUUUUAAAAAUUGAAAUUAAAACCAAAUUUUACCAAUGCUUGGUCAUAUUCUUUCAAUCCUUGCCAACCUUGAGCUCUACGGUACAGUGCUUUGGUAUUUGACGGGUCUAUUUCAAGAGCCUACAAAAAUAUAGCAAAUAUUAAACAUAUGCGCUAGAUUUCAAUUUAUUGCCUGUCAGUUGCAAAUCAAGCCUUCUCUGCUUUGUAUGGAGCUGGACCCUAUAAAUCUCUCCUCUGGUUAAGUUUUGUCAGUAGAGGGAGCUACGUGGACAUAGAAGAGGAAGCUGUUUCUCUCCCAGGUUCCAGAAUGAUCUUCUCAUUAGGUUCCAGCACAGCUUGGUCGAUAGCACGCAGCAGCUCCCCACAGGCAAUGCUGCAAGCACUCUAAUGAAUCCCACAAGUGGUGCUCACUGAAUACUUCCUUCCGCCACCCAGUGAGUGACAGCCAACCCCUGUCCAAGGAGGUCUGGGUCUCAGGGAUCUUGAGAGGUACUUCUUCCCAGGGGCUCCAUCCCAGCCUAAGAAGCUCCUAUAUUUUGCAUAUAUAUCUGACAGUCCCAUAACUUAGAAUUCUCUUUACUAGCCAAUCACUUAUUAUUCCAGUUCCCUCUUAUAUUUUCUUUCACUUUAAACUUUCUCUAUUCAAAAUUACUGUGUAGUUUCUACUUCCUGAUUCAGCCCUAGAUGAGAAAGCCAUUUUGACUUAAAACCUGUAUACAUUCUUUACUUGAAAUCUAGGUUGUUUUUUUAGGAGCAUGAAUAAUUUUUAAUAGAUCUUCCUCUGAAACCAAUAUUUAAAAAUAAUGUAUUUUGUUUACUUAGUAUCUUUUAAAGGUCAGUACUCAGAUUUUACUGAAAAAGGUUAUCAUCUGCCUCAAAAAGGUAAAAAGAUCCAGGACAUUGGUAAAACUAAUCAUUUCUUGGUAACAUUUCCUCCUCUGCUGUAUGGUCUUUCUAAACUAUUCUUAUUCCUACUCCACCUACCCACCAAAUUAGGAUCUCAUUUUGUUUCCACUGCUCUGGACAUAAUGGUCUAUGUACAUAGCUCAAUGUGCAACUAUUAAAAUUAGGGGGUGGGUCUUUAAAAUUCAUGGUUUAGUUUGGAAAUUUUCAUUCUACAAUAGGGAGUCAUCAUUGCUCUAUUUAAGGAAGGUAAUUCUAGCACCUUUCUAGCUUUUACAGUUAGUAUUCCUGGAUGUCUUAUAAAGAGAACCAAAUAAAUGUUCCUUGAGGGUUAUGGGUUUGUCUUUUAAUUAAUAAAUACCUGUUGGGUGCUUAACCAUGGGCCCCACACUGUGCUAAAUGCUUUACAUGUUUAGGUCCUCAUUAACAAUCCCAUGAGGCAGGUGUUACUUCCAUUGACAAAAUAAGACUUUCUAAAACUAGGAACUUACCCAAGAUCACAAAGUUAGUGACAGAGGUCUAAUAUAAAAAAAAGUAUGACUGACUCCACACCCACAUUCUUCAUCAUUCCCGGCCUUGUCUUCCAAUGCCCAGCACAUACUAGGUAUUCAACAUGUCAAAUGAGUGAGCUGAUACAUGUGCUUUGAGGGGG